AUGCCCCACUUAAAACUACUCCAUAGAACUUGGAAAUAUUCAGAAGAUGAAUUUGUUAUAUCCAGUUUGGCUCAAAUGACAUUACGAAUAAUCUUGAAUGGCCGAGUUAAAUAUCAGUUCUAUCAAACCUUCCUUUACGGCGAAGAAACUCUUUUAGACGAUGAAGAAAAAGCUGAACUUAUUCGACAGAUUCGUGAAAUCGGAAAAUUUUCCUUGCGUGACUUCCUUUGUAAAAAGUUUGCCGCUGCACCAUGCGGAGAUACCGAAGAUGAUAGAAAUGAAGCAAUCGAUGCUGUGGCUUCGGCUCUUACUGAUUUUUCAACAGAUCUUGAUUUGACCAUGUCUGACCUCUCAGUUGCUUUGAUUCUUCUUCGAUGGCAAUCGGACCAGUGGAUUAGUGGGCAGGGUUCAGUUUCUGUUGAAAAUGUAUUAAAGCAAACAUUCCCAGAUAUAACAAAUAUUGCAGCUCCGCUGGAUCCCUGUGCAGAGGAUCCAAUGGAUAAACUGGAAUCAAACUGGUUGCAUAUUUCACGACUCCGACGAUACUCGAAACUUGUAAAUGCAUCAUAUGGGUGGAUUUAUUACGUCCUUAACAAUCCUUGCAGUUGUAUUGCCCUCAACCGACUUUGUAAACGGCUUUCAUGCGGGAAUCCGACUGCACCGGACAGGCAAAUUGAUUUUGAAAGCGGAAUUAUGGGACCUGGAGGAUGUCUCUGCGCUGGUAAAAAUUGCUACCUUUCGGCCUUUCUGGAAAUGUCUCAACUGAAAACAGAGAAUAUUUUGACAUUCCAAAUCACAGAUCAGGCAAGUUGA